UGACGUCAGUGACCAAGAACGCUGAUAAUUUUACGACGUAGAUAUUGCUACGCGGAAUAUUAAAAAAUAUUUUUAGUGAUUUAAAGAAAAGAUUGAUUAAACAUAUGAACGCACUUAGUGGUUUAUGGUUUAAAAUACGGCCUAAUAAAGAAUAUCAGUAGGCCCAUAAUGGGCGGGGUCGUGGCUUGGGUCGAGUGAGAGACAUGGAGCGACCUCAGUGUUCUCAGUGGUGAGCUGCACGGCCAUCGCCGACCGUCGGUUUCGCCUAGCGCAACCAACGUAUUCUGCUAUGACAUCGCUCUGAAAUCCCAGAUUAUCCCAGUAAAAGAUUCUAGAUCCUCCAAAAAUGUUCCACGAAUAUAUCGUGUAACAUGUACUCAUGUAUAAACAAUGUACCAAGUUCGCUACAAUCAGCCAUAUUACCGUACGGGCAUAAAGUUCACCAUUAUCCAAGCAAUCGAUAUUGACAUAAAUUCCACACGAGGAACAUCAAUUCCAUCAUCGAGUAAUCGUUAGUAGCCGCGAGUUUUCCCUCUUCCACUCUCACCAAAGAAGUUCCCUGAACGCUAACUCAAGGAGAACGUGAUGUGACCACGGGCCAAGAAAAGGAAGAACGCCACCAUAUCCAAUGCUUUUCACGCUUGAACGUCAACCGUGGCUCGCGUGUCGGCAUCCCAUAGAAGAGGAGCGAUUCCGACGAAUACGUUUUUUCCUUCGAAACGUAUGCGCAGGCUGAUUGAAUUGAACGACAGGAGAACGAGAGAAGAGGACGUCUCCGAAGGAGGCAAUGACUUGGUUGUUGAUCGUCAACGUUUAAUGCAUCUGGAUCUGUCGUAACUUUAACUAACUGUGAAUAUACAGGGUGUCUCAAAAUAUAACGACAAAAUGGAAAUUUAAAGUGAAGUAAAGAAUCCUUUCCUUCGUUUCAUUCUUUUGUGAAAUAGCAAUUUGUAAAAUAGAUUCAUUUUUCAGUGAGUUCAUGAAAUAACCUUGGAAUGAUCUUCAAUUAAAAUUAAAAAGAAAAAAAAAAAAAAAAAAAGAGAAAGAAAUUUUUCAUAACAUUUUUGGAAAUAAUCUUGGAUUAAAAAAAAGAAAAAAAGAAAAAGCAAAUCGAAGAAGAAAUUAAAUAUCUUAUACAUGCUCCGUCUCAAGGAAAUAACCUAGAAAUUGAUAUUAUUUUUGAAUAAAAAAAAAAUAGAAAGAUUUUGGAACACCCUGUGUAUAACAUCAACGUGAAAUUUCAUUCGUGCAUCACAAAACUAGAUAAAAUCUAACGAUUAAAAAUCCAUAUUUGAAUCCAUAAAUGAAUUCCGAAAAUCUCUUCCCCCUCCCCUCUACUUCUUUUUCUUCCUCUUAUCUCUUUUCUUUGGAUUUUGACGAUCCACAAGAAAUAAAAUCGACGAAUGGUGGAUUUCAUAAAUAUUCUCCACGGAAUUAUUAAACGUGAUUUGCAUAUGUCGUGAUUCGCUCCUUUUCACGACUUGCUCCGCGAACAUGAUGACGAGGGGUGCAAACGUUUGCUAAUGGCGAGCGAGAGAAAUGAGAAUCAACGAAGUAAGAAAGUAGAAGAAAAAAAAAAAAAAAAAAAAUAUGGUCGAAAGAAAUCAAGAAAUAAAUAAAAAUUGUUAUCUUGUAUAGAGGCUAGGUGGUAGAGAGAUUGUAUUUUUUUUUACAUCCAAACUUCUCGCCACUUCUGAGUGCUCGGAAGAAGCAUGUGAAUGUUUAUUUCGAACUUUGCCAACGAGUACGAGACGAUAUCUCGAAAUAGAAAUUGCUGUUUCUUAUCGUUAAUUAUAAAUGAAUUAUUUUAAUCGAAGUGCAAAUUCGCCAGGUGCAAUCACAGUUUAAACGAUACGAUUAUUUUUUUUUUUAAUAUAUCAUAUAUAUAUAUAUAUAUAUCAUUUUUAUCGUUAAUUAUUAGUGUUACAUAUUAGUGCAUGGUAUGAUGCUCGUUUCUAAAUUCAUUGUUAUUGUACCUAGUACAUAGCUUAAGAAGAUCAUUUUGAUAUAUCGUGCAUUUUAUUCAUGUUAUCCCCUAAUAUCCCCUCUGAAAGUUUCAGAAUUUAAGUAAUUCUUUCGCUUUUCUUUUUUCUUUUUUUUUUUUAUUUUUUAUUAUAACGUUGCCUUUCAUUUAUAAAGGGAGAACAUAUAUUGAAAUAUAAUAUAAAAAAGAAAAAAAAUCUGUUUUUAUAACGAAAGUGCAGGGCCCGUUAGAUUAGUAUUGUUGCCCCUGGCGUUUCGAGCAGCACUCGAACAUGGCGGUGAGCUCGGAUGUUCUUUCGACAUUUCGAAAGAACGGCGCGCGAGGUGGAAAUCACCUCUCGUUCAUCUAGCCUCUUCUCGCCGUGUAACGUUCGAAUAUCUCGCCAGGUUCUCUCUCAAUAGCCGAAGUCGAAGGAGUUAACGUGGGGCGUGCACGUUUCGAACGAAGGGGCCAGAAACGUGUGCGAGGUCGGGCAAAAUCGGUCGGCGAGGUUAACCUUCUCCUUGCCAUCGUGUCUUCCCGUUUCAACCACGAAAACGAAACCAACGGAGAGAGAAAAGGUGGAGCGAUACCGCGGUUCGUUGUCGAAAGAGAAAAGAAAAAGAAAAAGAAAAAAAGUAAGAGUGACGGAAAACGAAAGAGAGAGAGAGAGAGAGAGAGAGAGUGAGAGAGAGAAAGGGAGGGAGGGAAGAGAGUGUGUGUGUGUGAGAGAGAGAGAGUGAGAGAGAGAUAAAGAGAACGAGGGUAGAAUAAUAGGAUCGAAACGAGCAGAGCGAAGGGGGAGGGAAUGAACGGCCCUGGGAGUCAUCAGCAUCGCGGCUUGGGCAUGCAGGGACGAUACAGGGCCGUAGUAACUGGUGGCACCCCGGCAGGGCCCCACUCUCGCCCCCCAGCGCCACCUCACGCCCGCGGUGGAUGGCAUCCCCAUAAUCAGCAUCCUCAGCACGCCCAGAUACCUCAGCAAUACACCGGCAACAAGGAAUACCCAUAUCGACAAUGUCCACCACCACGCUUCCAUAACGGGGAUUGCCCUGGCGUUGGUACGUCUACCGGGCCAAACGGUAAAGAAGUUUCGUAUCACGGGAACGUAGGCGGGUCUAGUGUGGGAUAUAAACCGCCUCCGCAGCAUAGUCCACAAUCGAGAGGUCCACCGACGCAUUUUCCACAAGAAUCCGUGGGUCCACCGGCCAAUUCCCCUCCGUUACACAUCAAUAUCUGCGGCCAAGAGAACACGAUGCGCGGUCCAUUAUUGAACAUGAGUCCAGGUCUCGGAGCUAGCAAUGUUGAUAUGGAGUAUCGUAGGAGUUCCCAAGCCACAAAUCAAUUACCUCUGAGUCCUGUACAAAUACAACCAUCGCCACCAUAUUACAGACAACCUAGUCAAGACGAUGGUAGAAAGAGCGAGUCUCCAUCUAGGAAACGUCGUCGAAUAUCCCGUAACGGUGCCGUCUCUGGUAUAGAAGUUCGUGAAACAACACCACCGUCUCCUACACCACCGUUACAUACCACUCCACCGCCAUGGGAAUUCUCAGCGGCGCCCCAGAGACGAUCACCACGGAAUCAUAUGUCCACACGCGGCAGUCCAACUAUCAGAAAUCGUUAUCAACGAUACACGGAUUCGUUCGGCUUGUCCUAUCCGUUUGUGCCGGGUCACACUCCCCAUCCGCCCAUUCAUAAUUCCCAUCAUGGAAUCCAUAGUUCUCACCACAAUAUUCACAAUUCGCAUCAUAAUUUACAUAAUUCGCAUCAUAAUAUACAUAACGCGCAUCAAACGCAUCCCCAUCAUCCACCGGGCACAGGACAUCAUCCUGCGCAAGGAGCAAACGGUCCUGUAGUUGUAGAUGUUGGACAAGUUGGUGUUUCCGGUUUAGGAGUUGCUGUUAGCGGAGAACCACUCUGGCAUCCUCAGGCGACAGGUUAUAGAAUUCCUUGCCAAUUGCACGGCUUAUACACACCAACCGGAGCACACGCGUUUGCACACUCGUGUCAGGUUACGCAUCAUAGUCACUAUUCAGCAACUCACCCAACCCAUCCAGGUCACAGCUUGGUUGGUUCGAUAGUUGGCGCAACAUCCAGAGGAUAUCCUACACCAACCGGAGGUCCUGUAGCGGCUCUUCAUCAUGCUCACGCGCCACCACCACCCGUCCAUACUACUCAUUAUACGGCGCACCAUCAACUCUCUCAACAGCGAGAAGUUGAAUUAGAGUUAAUAGAAUCCCAUCAUCAUCAUAGAGUGGGAGCUGCAGCUGGCGCUCCAUUACCAUUACCACAUUCGUAUUCACCGCCGGCUCUUACUCAAGUUACUACUCCUACUCCUACCCCUAUAUUCUUAUCAGAAACAAGAAACAGUCAAUUGGAAAUGAUUCAGACCAGGACUCGACGCACAGCGUCAAAUGUUCACACGCUCAGACGAUCAAGGUCGAGUAGAUGGAGAGGUACGCCUCCGAUACCACCGACUACUUAUUCAGGAUUCUUGUUGCACUUCUUCGCAAUGCUCAGCAACCCACCAUUAUCCCCAUAUAGUCAGGCGGAACUCUCCUCGCCAGAUUCAGCAACAGAAAAUUACGAAGCUCUUUUAUCUUUGGCGGAGAGGCUAGGAGAAGCUAAACCACGAGGACUGACUCGAGCCGAAGUGGAGCAGUUGCCAUCGUACAAAUUCAAUGCAGAAACUCAUCAAGGAGAUCAAACUAACUGCGUGGUUUGCAUGUGUGACUUCGAAGCUUUGCAAUCGUUGCGUGUUUUGCCGUGCUCACAUGAAUUCCAUUCUAAAUGCAUCGAUAAGUGGCUUAAAUCAAAUCGAACAUGUCCAAUAUGUCGUGGUGAUGCCGGAGAAUACUUUGGGAAUAGCGGAACCGGUAGCGACUGACGCCAAGCCGCUCAAAUACACUAGCGCCAACUAUCACGGGUCUCAGGGACGCUACUCGGUACAGAGCUUCCAGCAAUUACAUUGCUCAUUUGUGCAAAUUUUUGUUGACAAGUAUUUCUCGUCUUUUCUCUGACCGAGUUAUAUAUGUUACGAUUGCCUUGAUUUCGCGAAGAAGAAAGGAUUGAAAAUGAUUGAAGAACGAAAAACAAGAAAAAUACGAGAGAUAAAAAAGAAUAAAAUUCAAAGUAUGUCAGAGUGUUUGGUAUCGAGAAAAGGAUCACACACACGCAAUAAAGGUACACGAUUUAAAAUUACAGCAUGCAACGUUUUUACAAGGCGAAUUAACGUUUCUGCGUUUAUUCCAUUGUUUUUUCUCGGGAAUAGAGAAGUCGAAGAAAGAGGUUAGAAAAAAAAGAAUAAAUAAUAACAUAUAAUGAGCAAAUCAAGAUUAAGAAAAGUGAAGAAAGAGAGAGUUCCGGAGAUUUAUUAAAAAUUAUCAAGCAUUUUCACGUCAGGAUCAAAGUCUGACUAUGUAUUCGUUUUGUUUCAUCGACGUGCUUCGAAUUUAGCUAUAUUGUGUUUAACACUCGUUUGUUGUUUUUUCUUUUUCGUGUUGCUACUUUGUCGAAGUUAUCGGAUUUAAUAUGUACAUAAUUACUUACGUAAUAUGCUAUUAUCACUAUUUUCAUUAACGUUCCAGUUUUUAUUAUUAUUAUUAUUAUUAUUAUUAUUA